UGACAUAACAUUUCCUAUAAUUUACAUAUGUCUCCUCAAUGGAACUUCUUUCCAAAUGAGUGGGUGAUUCAGGUCUAACCCAUCCUGAGCUCUUGCUUGAAAUGAGGCAGUGAGCCAAGUAAAUAUCUUUCUUUGUGUGUACUUCUUUCUCCGUAAUAAGUCAAGGCAAAUGCAAGGCAAAUUUGAGGGUAAAGAAAACUACAGUCCCCAGCAUGCAUCUUGGCAGCUGGCAGAAAGGAUCGCCCGACCAUGCCGGCACUGAGCAUGAGCAAGCGUGUGUCCUGCCGGGGAGCAGUGCCGGACGAAAAGGGCUGGCCAUAAACAAGAAAGCCGGAAUGGACAACGGGCUACGCACACCUGCUCCUCUUGCAUAGGCAAAAAAGGCGGCCAGCAGAAGAGGUCUUUCGCCACGAUUUGCGGGCUGUUGCCGCCUUGUGCGAGGCAAACUUGCGCGUUUCCACCCGUGGGCGGAGACCCAUCGCCGAGAUCGUGUGGCUGAAACAGCGGCCGGAGAAGAGGAGGAGCAGUAGCAGCUGCCGCGGCAAGAACUGCUGCAGUGUCCUAAGAACCACCACUAGCAGCAGCAGCCGCUGCAAAAACCUCAUCCUCGCCAGCAACCGGAGGUGAGCUUUGGCGCCUGGCCGGCAGAGGGUGCUGCAGGGAUUGGGGGCAAUUAGAUUGCUGGCACGAUCAAUGGCACUUGUUCCAAACUCGACCGUCGAUCUCUAGACCGACACUGUAGACGUGCAAAGAAAUUCCCCCUGCUUACUAAGCCCCCGUUGUUUUGAUGGCAUUAAGAAGCAGCCGAUGACGGCAAGAUCCUGAUUUGAGAGGCAUCUCCAGUUUGGAUGCCUGCUAUUGCGGUCGGCGCUACCGGAGCUUGAUAAGAGCUGUGCAGGAAGAGUGUGGUGGACACUGUCGCAGACUGGGUUGACAUUUUCCUGAGAUAUCCACCAUGAUCCCAAGAGCUCCUUCCUGUUCAGUCACCACCAGCUCAGACCCAAUCAAUGUGUAUAUGAAGUUAUGUGGUCUCCAUGUGCAUCAACUUUAUACUGAACCACAUUUGCCAGUUUAUUGGCCCUGGACAUUAAACUUUACACUCGCAAGAGGUCUGCUACAAGUCUCUUACUGCCAAAAACACAGUGGGGCCAAUGUUUCAUUUAUGGCCAUCAACUGCGUGAUGGUAGGCUGGAUAUUCAGGCCCUAAAGAGGAAUCUCAAAAAGCAAUCUCUUUUGAAUCUUCAGACAUUGCCAGGUCUCGUUCCGCAAUGUUAAAGAGGACUAAUGAUGUCUCCCUCUUCCUUUGUGUUUGCCACUUGCCCACUUGCUAGGAUUUGGGUCCAGAAUGAACAUAGCGGCUGUGUUUAAUGCCUUGCUAGUGUCUGUCCUUGCAGCUGUGCUUUGGAAAUAUAUCAAGCUGCGAGAUCACAUCUUCGUGCUAGAAGAGGAGUUGCUCCUUACUCGCCAGUCCCAAGAGCUCUCUCAGGUCCGCAUUGACUACCAUGCUGCUCUUCAAGCCCUGGUGGAAGAUGGGACUAGAAUGGUGUGCACUGGCAGGAUGCAUACUGACCGGAUCUGCCGUUUUGAGUCUCUCUGUUAUUCCACUGAGGCUGAGGAAUUUGUCUUCUUUCACAGCAACUCCUCAGUCAUGCUUCCUAAUCUGGGCUCCAGAAGGUUCCAACCUGCCCUGCUUGAUCUCUCCUCAGUGGAAGACCACAACACACAGUAUUUCAACUUUGUAGAACUGCCGGCUGCUUCACUGAAAUUUAUGCCAAAGCCAGUUUUUGUCCCCGAUGUGGCACUGAUUGUGAAUAGAUUCAACCCGGACAACUUGAUGCAUGUUUUUCAUGACGAUCUCCUCCCGAUCUUCUACACCAUGCAGCAGUUCCCAGAUUUGGACCUGGAGACCAGGUUGUUUUUCAUGGAAGGGUGGGGUGAAGGCCUACACUUUGACCUCUACAGACUGUUGAGUGGCAAGCAACCACUUCUGAGAGAGCAGCUGAAAACCCUCGGGCGUCUCCUUUGCUUUACCAAGUCAUAUGUAGGACUGUCCAAAAUCACAACAUGGUAUCAGUAUGGGUUUGUUCAGCCACAGGGGCCAAAGGCCAAUAUCCUUGUCUCUGGAAAUGAGAUCCGACAGUUCACCAAAUUCAUGAUGGAGAAGCUGAAUGUGAGCUUGGAAGGGAUGCCCAGUGAGGAAUAUAUUAUAGUGUUCAGUCGAACCAUAAACAGGCUCAUCCUCAAUGAGGCAGAACUUAUUUUGGCACUUGCCCAAGAAUUCCAGAUGAAAACCAUUUCUGUUUCCAUAGAAGACCAUACAUUUUCUGAUAUUGUACGCCUUAUCAGCAAUGCCUCCAUGCUAGUCAGCAUGCACGGAGCUCAGCUAGUGAUGUCUCUCUUCCUGCCCAGAGGAGCCACUGUUGUGGAACUCUUCCCAUAUGCCAUAAACCCUGAACAUUACACACCUUAUAAAACCUUGUGUACUCUACCUGGCAUGGACCUUCAGUAUAUCGCUUGGCAGAACACUGAGAAGGAGAAUACUAUGACUUAUUCAGACAGGCCCUGGGAUCAAGGCGGGAUUGCGCACUUAGACAAGGCAGAGCAAGACCGUAUCAUAAAAAGCAGUGAAGUUCCCCGGCACCUCUGCUGCCGAAACCCAGAGUGGCUUUUCCGUAUCUACCAGGACACCAAAAUUAACAUUGCUUCCCUUAUCCAGGUGAUCAGGCAAACUGUGAAAACAAAGCCUGGGCCCAAGAGGCAAAAGUGGACUAGUGGUCUCUACCCAGGCAAAGUUAGAGAUGCCAAAUGCCAAACCUCUGUCCAGGGUACCAGCGAAGCUAAACUCUCUGUGUCUUGGCAGAUCCCUUGGAACCUUAAGUACCUGAAGGUCAGGGAAGUAAAAUACGAAGUGUGGAUACAGGAGCAAGGGGAAAACACGUACAUGCCUUACAUCUUGUCCCAUCAGAAUCAUACGUUUUCCGAUAACAUCAAGCCAUUCACAAACUAUCUGGUGUGGAUUCGCUGCAUUUUCAACAAAAAUCUCCUUGGCCCCUUUGCGGAUGUGCUGUUGUGCAGUACGUAAUGGCCGUCCAGCAAGGGACUUUAAAAUAAGGCAGGUCGGUCCCAUUGUCCUAUAGUUUUUAAGAGGAUUGAACCAGGCCUUGCAGACCAUGCUAGUGCCUAAGUGUCCAUUUUAUUGUGUUCAGUGUGUCUUCUCUCUGUGUGGCAUCAUUUCCAAUCAGUGUAUAAACUCUCUUGGUCCUUGAAAGAAGCCUACAGGCUGGAGGCUACAAGAUUGAAAUCAGAAUAGAAGGUAGCUGUUGUACCUUGAAAGUAAUUUGAAAAUUGCUCUCUCUUGUGUAGUGAAUAUUUUAAGCCUGGCUUUAUACUGGGAUUUAAUCAUGUCUCUGGAUGGGUAAUCUCUUUCAUGUUCUCCACUGUUUACCUUCAUUUUUAUUUUUUUGCUUUCCAAAAAUACAUGUAUCCCAGAGCAAAAUAUUUGGUACCAGAGUUGUUCAUUAAAUUGUUGAAAACCUAUCCAA